GUAUUUGUGGACUUUUGUAAUUGUGUUCAGCAACAUGUCACAGUCUAGCAAUGAAGAUUCCGCCUUACCGGGUACUUCUGCUACUGGACAGAAUGUAAAUCCUGAUGAGUAUGAUGUUCAUGAACAAAUCCAAGAAUUGAGUAGAAAACAUGCUGAAACCGUAGCAGCGAUAGCGGGCCUAAAUCGAGAGCCCAGUAGGUCCUAUAUCUACGUGCCGAGGGAAAGACACAUUCAGUCUUUUAGUGGGGAAUUCAGCAAAGACGGUAGAAAUGUGGAUGAGUUCAUUGAAGAGGUAGAAAGAGUGUUGCUUGUUAGAAACCAGACUCCUGAAGAUCAAGCAGACUUCGUUCUUUCUUUGUUAAAGGGUGCCGCUUUGGAGGAGGUUAGGUUAAGAAGGGGGGCUCAACCUCAGGGAACAGAGGAUCUUUUUACUUACCUCAGAGAUGCUUUUGGGGAGAAGCGUAGUCUUGCACAGCUACUGCAGAGUUUCUAUACUCGUAAGCAAUUAGAAGGUGAAGACCUGCGUAUGUACUCUCACUCUUUGUCACAGAUCUUGAACUCAGUCGUGAAGCAGUCCCCAGAUGCCAUUGCAAAUGUGAAUUCUGCCAUUAGAGAUCAGUUUGUAGAGGGGGUUAAAGAUGCAUCUCUUAGAAGGGAACUUCGUAAAUUUGUGAGGGAUAAGCCCCAAGCAACCUUGAUUGAGGACAAUGACUUUCUGCAGGGGAGAGUGUGGCCUGGGGGUAAAAAUGCAAUUUUUCUGUUGUGUUGUAAAAUUUGUGUAUGGCCCUUUAAGAGAUUUCUCUCCUAUUCACGUGAUAAGGUGCGCUGACUCUGUGUGCGCAUGCGGGGAUCCGCGAGAAAAACGUGGAACAGUCUGGGUGUGAUGCGUGUCGUCGCGAUCUGUUGUUUGAGGCAUAGUUGUAAUUACGGAUUACGUGGAUCGGUUGUGCACGUGGCGAUUGAACCUCGUGGUGAGUGCUAGCGAGCAUUUGGCCACUACCGUAUUUUGUUUCAUUGUAUUUUGUUUCAUUUUGGUUGGUUUCAUUUUAUUUCUUGUAAACCCUUUUUCUCCCAUCGACCGCUGUAAAACUUGUAUG